CCGGCGGGCGGUCCCCGGUGCUCGCUGGAGGCGCUGCGAUGACCGCUCUGCGCCGGGGCGAGGCAGCCGAAGGGGGCAGCAGCAAACAGAUGCAUGGAAAGACGGCUUCUCUGAAGAGUCCCGAGUCCUGCACAGAGCAACUAGACAGAGUUCAGGCACCCCUGGACUCCAGUCUGCACUGGCCCAAAGGCUCGAAGGGUGAAGAGAUAAAGAAGUGCAGCCGAGAAGGGACAUCACUGAGUAAAUACAACCAGCAAUACCACAAGCUGUUUAAGGACAUCCCCUUGGAGGAGGUGGUUCUCAAAGUGUGCUCCUGUGCCCUCCAGAGGGACCUCCUUCUCCAGGGCCGGCUCUACAUCUCCCCCAACUGGCUCUGCUUCCAUGCCAGCCUUUUUGGCAAGGAUAUCAAGGUGGUCAUUCCUGUGGUGUCUGUGCAAAUGAUCAAAAAACACAAGAUGGCGCGGCUCCUUCCUAAUGGUCUGGCCAUCACCACCAACACCAGCCAGAAGUAUGUCUUUGUGUCACUGCUGUCCCGGGACAGUGUAUAUGACAUGCUGAGGAGGGUCUGCAAGCACCUACAGCCUUCCAGCAAGAAGAGUCUGAGUGUAAGAGAAUUUCCAGAGGAACCUAAGUGCCAGUCUCUGGAAGUCCUCAUCCCCGAGAUGAAAUGGAGAAAAGUAUGCCCUGCAUCUGGGUCUCUGUCCCUCCCAGCCAACAUCCCUUGUGUCCCUCGGGCAUCCAUGGACUCCACGGACAGCUUCUUUCCCUCCAGGAAGCCUCCAGGGUCUGAGAAGGCUGUCUGUGAGGAGGAGAAGCUGGAGGAAGAGCCCAGGAGUGAAGGGGAACUGAGGCUCUGGGAUUACCUGCUCCUCAAGAUCAUCUUUGUGCUGAUCUGCUUCUUGGUCAUGUCCUCAUCCUAUCUGGCAUUCCGCAUCUCCCGGCUGGAACAGCAGUUAUGCUCCCUGAAUUGGGAUGGCCCAGUCCCUGGGCACAGGUAACAGCCAGCUGGCCUUUGUUCCGGCUCCUCCAAGAAGAAUGCUCUAGGUGCUGAGGUUCUCCCUAUGAUCCCCUCGGUUUAUGCUGCUGCUGUGCUGAGACUGAGUAUGAAGGAAAAUAUUCCAGAUCCCUCCUCCUCCCCACAGCUCUUCUCCCUCCUUUAAUGAGUGAUCUGAAGUACCUGUUUACAAAGCUCCUACAAUUUUGGGACUCAGACAAAAAGCCAGAUUUUUGGAAACAGCUGAGGAAUUCUGCAUACUAAGCUUCGGCAACCACUUAAAUGAAAAAAAAUUGUUUCUUGGAAACAGUUCUGGCACACAGGCAGAGCACGAAGGGCCACCCCAAGAGAGGGCCAUGAUUUGAUACCUGGAAUGUGGCUCUCUGUCACAUGGCUCACUCCAGUGGUAGGACAGGGGCCAGAACCCAUACACCAGUGUGGACUCUGCUCUCUCCCAACAUACUGUGCCCUCAACUUGGGCCCCUGAGAGUCCCUGUUCUGGGGCCCAAAGGCUUCUCUUCAGGGAGCCAGGCCCCUAUCAGGCCUACAACAGACUGGAGGGAGGUAGGGGCAGGCUAUGUAUAAGGAGAGGAAGGCUUGUGGCCAGGAUUCCAGUAAGAAUGGAAUGUUCAUGAUCUGUGCUGAGGCUCUGUUCUGGCCCCUCACAAGGAGGCUGGCUGAAUCUAGAGGACACUACCCACAGCAGGAGACAGUGGCAGGGGCUGUGAAGGAGAACAGAGGUCCAGCAUUCUGUGUCCUCAGCUGCCACUUCCUGGUGAGAUAGGUAGAUCACUGUGGUCACAGACCUGAUACUGGAUCUUCUCUUGGUGUGCUCAGACAUUUCCAACGUGCCCUAGGCAGGAAGGAGGGGUUGGAAAGGGUGGUGGCUCUGAUUUGAGGUCUUGCUCUGUACUCCCUGCCUGACUGCCUGGAUUUCAGGCAGGGCCAACUGCAGCCUGUUGGGGAGGCUUGGCUAGGCAGCUGGGCAUGAUGGUGUUGGGCCACCACGGGGCAGAGCUCACUCAUGUCACCUGCAGUCAGUGUGUGGCAGACCACGAACGAGGGUCCUCCACUCCAUGGGCUCUGUUCUCUAUAAAUAAAGUGGAGGUGUCCAAAGCGGGCCUAGUCUAGUGCAGGGACCAGGCCAAGGAGGUCUGUCUGAUACCUUUGGGGAUGAGAGCGGUAGGGGAUGGAAAGAGUGGACAUGGUGGUGGCUUUGCCUUAAGAGAUCCUUCUCUUAGCCUUCUCUGUCAAGGCCUUCUCUAUUCCAAAAAGCGUCUCUGUGCCUUAGAACUCUGGCCUGCUCUCUCUGGGACUCAUCUUCUAAGACAGUGCCCUUGGAGGUUCUGGAAGGGCCUUAGUGAGGAGGCCAGAUAUCAGGGAAAGUCUCUGGUGAUGGGGUGGGUGGUGUCAGAAAUAGCCACUGUUUUUCCCUCUUCAGACACCUGAGAAGCUAACUGGGGAAACAUCCAGGGGAAAUGAUUGAUUGUGGAGUUGCGAUUGUCUGUCCUGUUUAUGACAAAGCCAAAUGAGGAUUGGAAGGACUGAGAGUGGGUGAUAACUCCCUACGCUCAGACUGGAGGUCUCUUCAUCCUGUCCUCAUCCCAGAUUCUAGGAUUAAGCUUAGAGCCUGGCCUUGUGGGUUGCUUGCACCGAAUCUGUAUGUCUCAGGUGAAACUCGCUGUUCCAUUCUCCCUACAGUGCCACACUGGAUGAAUGCCCCUCCUUUUUUUGGGAACAAGUCCCCUUCAUCACUCCUUUCCAUAAUAUUUUCAGGGAAAUAAUCCUACUUGCCCCAGCGGCUCCCCUCCCUGGUCCUUGCUGAAAGGCAGGGAGAACAGAUCCAUUCUCUGAGCCUUGCUAGGUUGAGCCAGAGGCCAUAAGAGGUGCCAAGUCGUGGGUGGCUGUGCCAAGAUGCUGGUGAACCCAGUCUCCAGCCAUGCCCGAGACUCAGAAAGGGGAAGAGGAAUGCUGUAGGGUAUAUAUGGAGGCCCUCUUAGGGUCCAGGGCUUUGAGUGGUAUGAGUGUGCCUGUCCCUCUGGAGGGUCCUCUUUCUGUUUCUCCCUUUUGUCCCCCAGCCUAGUCCUCUGCGGCCAGUGUACCUUCUGUUGUGCUCAUUUAUAAACUAUGUGUAUUUAUACAGACCUGCUUGCAUUGGCUGAUGCUCCUUUAAUUCCCUCAGAGUCUGGUUCAACUAUCCUUGGGUUGUUUCACUAUGGCAUUGGCCUUUGAAAAUAUUUUUAAAUAAAAAAUUUGA